CGGCGAUCGCCUUCGACUAUCAUCGGUCCAGUAGUUAGCUGCUAUGCUUGGCGCUUUCUUAUCUCGGUCUUUCUCUCUAGGAGUUGGCUUUCCGCUCCACCUCUAGGCCUUACUGGCUUUGUGCCUUCAUUUGUGUGCUUUUUCUGGGACUACCCGCCUGAC